CAGAAGGCAGUUAGUUGAAAGCGGUGAUUCUGUUAAGUUCACGAAUUGUAUAAAUUUUCGUUUUUUCUUGUACCUCAUUAAAAAACUAGGAAAUCUCCUGUUUUGUUGAAAAGAUGUCAUAUCAAACGUCAUAUGACUCAGGUGGUUGCGUGCCAUUUAAGCCAAACAAAGAUCGUGGAUUUUGGUCAAGUUCAAGUGAUUUUUUUUAUGCGUCUGUGUGUAAUGCAUUUCGAAUGGAUGUGGCAUUUGGAGUGGCAGCUGUUCCAUUUCUUCAUAGUGGAGGAAUUUAUAUGCUCAUUGCGAUGAUCAUCAAUGUCAUCCUUUUUUCCUAUCCAAUUGUGUUCAUGCAAUCCUUCUUGGGACAAUUUUCAAGCACAGGUUUUAUAUCAUGUUUUCGAGUUGCACCUUUAUUCAAAGGUAUUGGCUACAUUUCUCUAGCAAUGAAUCUAUUUUCACUUUCAUUUUAUGCAAUUUUUGCUGCUGUGCCAAUUUUAUAUUUUUUACAUUCUCUACAAUCAAUGCUACCUUGGGGCUGUGAGGCUUGGAAACUUAAAAACUCAAGUGACUCUCCCUACAUCCUCUCUCACUGCAGUGAAGCUUAUAGAAACCAAACUGAAGAUGAUGAAUCAUAUUAUAGACCAAUGCAAAUCCCUUCAGUUUAUUAUUUUUCAGAACAAUUCCAUUCAGAUUUUUCAUUUUCCUUAUUCGGAUGUGUAAUAGUUGUUUGGACAGCAGUUGCAAUUGUACUUUGUUCAACCACUGAAAAGAUUGGACAAAUGCUACGAUAUUCAUCCUUAACACUUUUCAGUUUACUGAUUAUCGUUGUUCUGCGAAUGGCAUUUCUACCAGGUGCUUUUGAAGGUCUUCAAAAAACUGUUGCUAAUCACGUUGAAACGGAUUUUGACUUUCAUACGUGUAUAUUCAUGGCACCUAUGCUUACACUGGCAACAUUUGGACCUGGAUGGGGUUCAAUUCUCAGUAUGGCUAGCUAUAAUAAUUUCAAAACAGACAUCAGCAAAUUCAGCUGGUUGAUAUCCUUUUCGCAGCUCGGAAUUUUAGUUCUUUACGGAUUUCUUUGCAUGUUUACAGAAUCACACUUAUCAUACAAUAAACCAAAUUUGAUUAUACCAUCACAUGCCUUGCAAUGGGGAGCAUUUCUAAUGAUUCCAAGUUCGUUGGCUACUAUGCAGUUUCCUCAUUUGUGGACAUGGAUGUUCCUCGCUGUUCUUAUUAUUGGAAGUUUUAAUCUUAUGAUUGGUCAAAUGUUCUCCAUUUUAACAGCUCUCUUUGAUGAAUACGAAACAUUGCGUCUGUAUAAAGUUGAAGUAACAUUCGGAAUAUCUGGUAUAAUGGCACUAGCUUCAGCAUAUUUUUGCACUCAGAAUGGAAUAUACUUUACCGAAGUCAUAUCCGAAUUGAGUAUCUCAACCCAAGCAAUUUUAAAUUUCUUCCUUUUAAUAAUUGUUGUUUGGGUUUAUGGCAGAGAGCGUUUUCAACGUGACGUCGAAUUUAUGACAAGUCAAGUACUACAAUCAUGGAAAAUAUACACUGUCCGAUUUGUGACACCUUUGUUCUUGUGCAUAACAUUGGUAAGCGUUUGUGUUUCUUUAGAGAUAUUCAAUUAAUUUUUGUGUUUCUUUUAAUAUAGCUCAUUGGAAUAAUUUUGCUAAUUUUUAGUGAUCAACAAUAUGGUAUAUCGAGUGAUGUUAACUUUGGUGUUUUAAUUACAUCUUGUUCAUGGCUUGUUUUGCCAAUUUAUUGUGUGUUGAAAUUAUUACAGACAAAUGGAUCAUUGGCAAUGAGAUUUAAGCGAUGUGUUAAACCAACAGAUUGGUAUCCAGUCGAAGCAGAAAAUAGACAGCGCUACGAAGAGACAAUUGAUAAUCCUGAAACAUUUCAACCUCUAACAACUAUUGUUCUUUAAAAUAAAAGUUAUUGUCUAAGAA